AAUUGUAAAUGAGCCGAUGUUUUUUGAAAUAGCAGUAGAUUUUGAACGCAGUUUGACAUUAUUGACUGUCACAUUGUUUUCAUCAACACUCCUUUUUCCCUUUUUGUAACAAUUGAUUAAAUAGUAAUAAAAGUAACUUUUUUUAACAAAAGAGAAAAUAAUCGAAAACAAUUGAAUUUUUAUACUUUCUGUCAUGUAUACACAAACAACAAAAAUACCAACACAAAAAGAUUCAAACAUUGUUAAAAUUGCUGUCGAAAUGACAGAUAAAGUGCCACAAUUAAUAGAAUUUAAUCAGAAGCAACCCUUAACUGGAAUAAUUACAGAACUUUGUAAUGGCUGGAGUCUUUCUGACUCGGAAUUUUUUGCUCUCCAGUUCUCGGAAAACAAUAAUCAAAAUUAUAUAACGGAAAAAAAUCGCAAUGAAGUCAAAAAUGGAAGUGUUCUUAGAUUGGAGCAUUCACCAUCAAAAACAGCGAGUGAUAUUCUUAUUCAACUCAAUAGUAAUAAUACAGAUGAGCAAUCACUUCAAAAACUUGGUGUUCUCAGUAUUGAUAUGACAUUUGCACUUGAAUUUAUUAAUAAACAAGGAUUGGCAUUGUUGAUUUCGCAGAUUGAAUCAGGAAAAUAUAAAGGAAGUGAUCUCGCCUAUACAUUGCAAUCAUUCGUUGAAUUAAUGGAUCAUGGUAUUGUAUCGUGGGAUAUUUUAGAAACUCCUUUUAUAAAUAAAGUUGCAAGUUAUGUGAAUAAUCAAUCGAUAACACAAGAUUCAAGUGUCGUUAAAGCUUCACUUAGUAUUUUGGAGAAUAUUGUUUUGAAUUCAUCGGGAAAAUAUACACAGGUCGAAAAAGAAGUGACAUUUCCAAAUUUAGUGAUGCAUUUACAAAAUAAUAGUUCACAAAUUCAACAAAAUGCAAUUGCAUUAAUAAAUGCACUUGUUUUAAAAGCAGAUGUUUCAAAAAGAAGAGCAGUCUCAGCGACAUUACAAUCGAAACAAGUCAGAAAUGUUUUUCUAACUAAUGUCGUUCAAUCCACUGAUCAGGUUGGAACAGAAAUGGCACAUCAAUUGUACGUACUACAAACAUUAAUGAUGAGUCUAUUGGAACAACGAAUGAUGAUGAAAAUGGAUCCACAGGAUCAGGAUGCACAUGAUAAAAUAAAAGAAUUAAGAAAAAUUGCCUUUGACACAGAAGGUUCAUCAAUUGGCGAUAUGGCAGCACGUAAACAGGGACUUUUUGCCAAAGAUUAUAAAAAAUUAGGAUUCAAAUAUGAUAUAAAUCCUGCUCUUGAUUUCACUGAAACACCACCGGGAAUGCUCGCUCUUGAUUGUAUGAUUUAUUUUGCACGAAAUCAUACCGAAAGUUAUACCAAAGUUGUUUUGGAAAAUUCAUGCCGAGCCGAUGAACACGAAUGUCCAUUUGGAAGAACGAGUGUCGAACUUGUUAAAUUACUCUGUGACGUUCUGAGAAUAAGAGAGGCGCCAAGUGAACAGGGACAAUCUUAUCAUCCAAUGUUUUUCACUCACGAUCAUCCAUUUGAGGAAUUUUAUUGCGCCUGUAUUGUUUUACUUAAUAAAACUUGGAAAGAAAUGCGUGCAACUACGGAGGAUUUUGUUAAAGUAUUUUCCGUUGUGAGAGAACAAAUAACAAGAGCAUUGCAAUGUAAACCAACUGGUUUUGAUAAAUUUAAAAGUACACUUCAACAAUUAACAUAUACGACAAUCACAACACUUUGGCAACAGGAGAGAACCAAUAGAGAAGAAUGGGAAAGUCAUGCGAGACCAGUUGUUGAAUUAAGAGAGCAAAUAACGCCUGAAAUAUUGGAUAUUAUUCAACAGCAGAGAUUACAAUUUUUAGUUGAUGGGACACGAUUCACGAAAUACAGUGCAAGAGGCCAGAGGAUCAAAGACAAAUUUUGGUAUGUUCGCCUAUCACCAAAUCACAAAGUCUUCCAUUAUGGUGAUUGUGAUGAAAAAUCAGCUCCAACAAUAGAUGAGCUACCAACAAAAUUAGCAGUCGUCGAAAUUCGAGGUAUUCUCAUUGGACGUGAUUGUCCACAUAUGAAAGAUUUACAAAGACGAAAAACAACUCAUCAACUUGCAUUUUCACUUGUUUUGGAUUCAGUUGAUGUUACAAGUUUAGAUUUUGUCGCGCCCGAUGAAGAGAUUUUCGAUUAUUGGACCGAUGGCAUUAAUGCUUUACUUGGUAACAAAAUGAUUAGUAAGGAAAAAGAAAAAGAUCUUGAAACACUUUUGUCAAUGGAUAUAACAUUGAGAUUAUUAGAUACAGAGGAAAUUGAUAUACCACAGGAUCCACCACCAAUUCCAGAAUCACCUUCAAAUUACGACUUCUGCUAUGAAUAAAAAAAAUAAGAAAAAAAAAUAAUUGUCAUUAACAGACAUUUUCUAUACACUUUAAAAUUUUCUAAUUUUAAUAUAACGCUUAUACAAUUAUAAUUCUAGGUGAUAAGAAAUAUUUAUAAGAGCGAAAUUUUUUCCAUACGUAAAUUUUUACCAAAGAUUUUUUUUUUUUCUUGUAUACAAUUUUCAUGUACAUAUUUACAAUUUUACUGAUCAUAUUUAGGAUAUAGUGAUUUUAAAAAUUUUAAUUUGAAAAAUCUUCUAAGCGCGCAAUUUUUGAUAUUAAUUUUAUCUUGAUAUAUAUAUAUAUCAAUUUUCUACUAAAGAACUUUUUUAAAGUAUGUGUGUGUGUGCGUGUGUUUAUGCUACAAUGAAUUUUUUUUUUUUUAUCAGUAUUCACGUUUUGUAUAUUAUAUAAUAGUCUUAAUUGUUACGAAAAAAAAAUUAUAUACACUGCUUUCGAUAAAAUAGAAAAUGUUUUCUUCUUUUUUUUAUUAAAUUUACCAUCUUACAAUGUUUUUAAGAUGCAAAAAAAAAAUUAUUUUAAUAAUAGAAAAAAGUCACGUUUCGAGGAAAUAUAAUAAAAAUUCAUUAUCGCCAGUGACUGAAGAAGCGUAUUGAAAUGAGUUUUUGUUUUUAAGCGUUAAGUGUUUUUUUUUGUGCCGCAGUAUUAUUUUGAACAUCAUGACUGUGCGAAGAGUGGAAUAUAUAUUUUGUUCAUCAUUGGAAAACGAAAAAAAAAAUAUAUGCUCAAAGGCCAUAUUAUUAAA